UAGAUCUCACAUUUCUCCUUCAUUCUUCAGAGCGCAUCGGAUCGUGAGCUAAACCCGAGCCAACACAAACUCAACAUGCCUGGGAUUUUGAGGGUCCUGACCCGCCGUGUGGCCCCGGUGGUCCGCACACAGACGGCGAACCUGGGCCACAGACCGGCCCAGGCCAAGAUUGGCGCGGUGGAAACCUCCGUGAGCCUUGGGUUGUUCAGCUUGGCCAUCCUGGGACCAUCUGGGUGGAUUCUGGCCCACUUGGAGGACUACAAGAAGAAAGAGUAGAAUGGACUUUUUCUGAGCCAAAACCAUGUUGGUGCAUUCAGACCGCGCUGUUCCUGGGACCACUCAAGCCACGUCCCUCUUUACAAAACUCCUUUGAUCGUGGACUUUUAUUCCUCAUGUUACCAUCCGCACAAAACAAUUCCGAUGUUACAUUUGUUCAGUACUUACACUAAACUGUUGACCUCAUCUUUAAGCAGUUUGUUAAAUAAAUUAUCUAAGCAGUCUUA